GGCGCCAAAAAUGUAUUGCGCGCCAUCUUGGAGGAGCGUCAGGGUGCAGGCAGGCAGGGCACAGAUGUAAACAAUCACAUUAUUCCAACUCGUGGGGCCGCAGACAGCCCUUGAUUGCCAGUGUCAACUUCCUGGACUUCAGGACCUGAGUCCGGCGUACUCAGGAGCGCACAGCUACACGCCCUGCACGUCGGAACACAAAGGGUGGAACCAUGUUCUAUGCACAUUUUGUACUUGCCAAAAAGGGCCCUCUGGCCCGAAUUUGGCUGGCAGCUCAUUGGGACAAAAAGCUUACCAAGGCUCAUGUGUUUGAAACCAAUAUUGAGAAGUCAGUGGAUGGUAUCCUUCAGCCCAAGGUAAAGAUGGCCCUCAGAACCUCUGGUCAUCUGUUGCUGGGUGUGGUUCGCAUCUACUCACGUAAGGCAAAGUAUCUACUGGCUGACUGCAAUGAAGCUUUCGUCAAGAUCAAGAUGGCAUUCAGACCAGGCAUGGUGGAUCUGCCUGAAGACAUCCGAGAGGCAGCAGUUAGUGCCAUUACCCUGCCAGAGGUGUUCCAUGAUUUUGACACAGCAAUGCCAGAAUUGAAUGAUGAUGACAUUCAGGUUCAGUUCACCUUAAACCAAUCCCGGGCAGAGGAAAUCACCAUGCGUGAGGACUACGGGAAUAUUUCUCUGGUGCCGGGGGAUGAUGGUUUUGGUGACAUGGGCUUUGAGGAACCACCAGAUAUUAUGCGAGACACCUCAGCCAUGGAUCACAACCUGGACCAUCCCAGUCUCAUAUUUGGUGAUAGUGCACCACUCAACAAGGAGAAAGAACCUGGUACCUCAAAGGAGCAAGAUUCACGUCUUUCGGGAGCCCGCACUGACACAUCAGCUUUAGAUUAUGAGGCACCCAUCCGUGAUGAUGGAUUUGGAGGUAAUCUUGGGCAGGACAUAAUUGCUGGGGGUCUCUUUGAAGGUGGUCUGUUUGAUGAUACUCCCAUUGAUGAUGGACCAAGCUUGGAUGAACCUAAGGAGGAGCGUCACGAUGACUCAGAUGAUGAUGUUGGUGAUCUGGAUAGGUUUGGAGGUCCACCAUCUGUUGGGCCACUCAGUUCUGCAGAUGGGUCACGGCCCUCAUCCCCUAAACCUGAAGCCCAGGAUCCCAGUGACCAGCUGGACACUGCUCCUGAAAAUAAUGCAGAAGCAGCUCCAGCCACAACAGGAGAUGAGACUUUGGCGGGCCAUGAACAGACGACUCUAUUACAAAAUGAAGAGGAAAGUUUUGCUCUUGCUCCUGUAGAUGCUUCAGCCAUAAAAUCUGGAUGGCCUAGAACUAAAAGGAAGAGGAAGUUGAUUGUAGAUGAAGUGAAAAACAUAUCAGGAGAGGAAAUGAAGGCCCAGUUAUCUGACACAACAGAUAUUGUUACAACAUUGGACCUGGCUCCCCCCACCAAGCGUCUCAUGCACUGGAAGGAGACGGGAGGGGUGGAGAAGCUCUUUGCUCUUCCAGGACGUCCCAUUCAUGCCAGAGUGCUGGCCCGUAUAUACCAGCGCCACCUCACUUCAGAACCAGCUGCUAAUGAAGACUUCGGAAUGGCUGGAGACAGGGAACUUGAGAGUAUCAGCUUGGAAGUGGUACGGGAAGGUGAUGACCAUGAGGCCACCACUGGUCCAAGAACCAGAGGCAAACAGAACAAGAGAAAGCAGCCAGAACCAGAUCCAGAGGAUGAGGAGGUUCUUCAAGUAAUGCAGACAAGAAGUCGAGAUGCAAAUGCAGGGUUGACAUCACCUCAGGCUCCCCAAACACCAGCAGCACCAGCAGUCACAGAAGAGCAUCCAACACCGGCUGUACCACCGCCACAACCAGAAGUCAUCACCCUGGAAGAGCAGCGUGAUACUGCCCUUGGGCAGGGAGCUGAGCCUGGUCAGGCUGGAGAAAGUGCACCAAGCCACACUCCUGGUCAUGCCGGUGGCUUCACUAGUCCUGCACACCAACUCCCUGACAAUAUUGAGGCACAUCAGACCCCAGCCCACACCACGCCCUUCCAGAGCCCCAUGCACACAGAGAUGGAGACACCCAACUACCUGGAGAUGCCCACUGGAGCUGAAAACCCUGGCUAUGAUGGCUCCCACCCACCAGCCAACACCCCCGGUGGCAUGUCUGAUGGUGGGCCACGCUCCAAUUAUUCAGAGCGUGCAAACACUCCCACUGCUGUCCUCAGGCAAGAGGAGGAGGAAGAGGAAGAGGAGGAACAAGCAGAUGACGAAACUUAUGAGCAGUUUGAGGAACGUGUGGUCAACAAACGUGCUGGUCAGAUGUUUGUCAGCAUCAAGAGGCGUCUUAGAAAUAAUAACAUUCUAUUCUCAGAAUUGGUACAUGGUAACAAUAGAAAGCAGGUGGCUCAGAAGUUUUAUACUAUGCUGGUAUUGAAGAAGUUGCAGGCUGUUGAACUUAGCCAAGAUGGACCCUUCACAGAAAUGUUCCUCAGCAGAGGACCUUUGUUUGAGAAUGCUUCAUUGUAAGCAUAAUACUGUUUGGGUCAAGGAAGAAAAGGAGCAGUGUGCCUGAAGGAGAUGGACUCUUACCCUUUUAUGUUGAAAAUUAUUUUUGUUUAAUAUUGCAAGGCAUAUAGAUUUUUACCAACAAAUGAGAAGGCUCCCUUUAAUUUACGCAUGUGAACACACAAAACAUCACACACACACACACACACACACACACACACACACACACACACACACACACACACACACACACACACACACACACACACACACACACACACACACACACACACACACAG